AAAAAAUUUUUUCACAAGGCAUUUGUUUGCUGACAUCACCAGCAUGCACAGUGGGAAAUUGAAGCACACUAAUGCAAUUGAAUUUGAUUGCAUGAAUUUACAAACUAUGUUGUGGUAAAGUUUUGUGUUUUUCUUCUUGAUGAUGUGAAUUAAUGCUGUUCUGUGGAAACAAUUAAUAGCUGAUACAUAAUUUUUUACUGAAGAUGAAAAAUUUGAAGCCUAAUAAUCUGAGUGAAAGAUGCUGUUACUCAGCAAAUGACACAGGCAUGCAUACUUGGAGAAAAAACAAGGAGCAGUCAGUUUUUUUUUUCUUUUAAAGCUUGCAUUUGUAAAAUUGUACCAUUUUAUCAACUGACUGAUCUUCAUUUGGAUCAGGCUAAUAACUUGUAAAAAAGUGAAAACUACAUUGUUCCUUUUCAGAGACAAUAAUAAUGCCAGGGGAGAAUAGAUCAGCACUGAAUAGUAAUGCCAGCCCACCAGAGCUUAGUGUUACUCUUCCACUGAUGAGGGACCUUCCAGAAACCUCUUCUGCUUGGAUCAAUGUUGAGCUCCCUGUUGAUAUUCUGUUAUUAACAGUGGAGGACUGUGAGUUCCUAAGCUGCUUUGCCUUCCUGAAGGAACCCUUAAAGAGUUACCACAACAGUAUUGGCUACGUGUACUUUGGCCGCAUGGGUGAUGAUCAAGGAAAGAAAAUGAAAAUUGCAUUGAUGAGGUGCUCUAAAGGUCCUGAUGUUCCUGGGGGCUCUUUGUCUGUGUCAAAAGAUGCCAUCUUACUCUUGAGACCCAAGGCUAUUAUUUCUGUUGGUGCCUGCAGUGGUUUGUACAGCACAGAGGGAAACGUAGGAGAUGUGGUUGUUUCAGCAAAGCUGAUAACAGCUGCACACAAAACUCCCCCCAGCAGAGAUAUUGGUAACCUGAUCAAACAUGUGGCUGAUGGUUGGAAGGCACCAUUACAAAAUGCUGAUGAAUAUAAUGCCAAAGUGCACUGUGAUGGAGUGUUUCUGAGUAUCUCAGAGGCAAACAAGGACAUGAUCGGCCAACACCCUGAAGCAAUUGCAGUUGAAAUGGAAGGUGGAGGAGUGUUUGCAGCAGUCCAUGAUUUUAAGACAGAAUCGGUGGUAGUCAAGGGCAUCAAAGACUUUGUAAAUAAAAGGCAGUCUUCAAGUGAGAAAUGGAAACAAAUUGCUUGUGUGAUGGCAGCAUUUGUUGUGGCCAACAAUUUGAGUGAUCCAGUCAUAUUACAAGAUUGGCCUCACUUUAAUGAAGGUGCCAAUGAACUACCUGCUCAAGCCGUAAGCGCUUACACAGCAUCUUUAAAAACUUCCAUUAAAGACCAGACCGAGUUCCAACCCAAACUGCUGGCCUCUCGCACGAUUUCCAACUUGCAAAUGGACCAAAUUUUUACUAAUCUUCACAUACAACAUGGAAGAAAAACCCUCAUCAGGAAUGACCAGAGAUAUUUAAGGAGUAAAAAUCUUGAGUACUACGGUAAAGUCAGCGGUACUGCAGUUGAGCACUGCGAUGAAAUAUUCCCUGGCAUGAAAGAUGAUCAGAAGGAUCCUAAUUCUAUUGGGAUUGGGAAAUCUCUGUUUUGCUUACUAAAUACCGGCGAUUCAAAAGAAAGUUAGUGAAGGUCGUAUCGCUCUGAGCUUCUGAUUGCGACUAAACACGGCUCCGUGCUAGUGGAAACCAGCUUUGAUCUCUUACUUUUCACGCACUUUUAAUGUCACGAAUUGGACAUUAAUUGGUUCAGGACUUUAGAUUUUUUAUUACGAUGUAUCUCGGUUUCGGCGUCUCACAAUACGCUAGCUCAUAAAUGUCGAUUAUGACUAAAGGAAUUUGUUAGCCCAAAACUCUCGUUGAGAGUUUAUUAGAUGGAAUCACUGGAAGCUGAGGAGAGGACAACACCGUAUUGUUGCGCGGCAGCGAAGAAGUACAGGCCAACAAGGAAAGGUGAGACCUGUAAACCCAUUCAGGGUCAGUUUUCCCAAGCGGUAUUGAGAUCAUUUACGGUCCAUUUUGCUAAACAGCAACUAUUCUAAAACCACUAUUUCGCGAAAUAUAUCGAGAUGGCGUUUAUACAGGUGGAGAUGGCUUAGAUAUUUUGGAAUUUGAUUGUAAAUUUAAUG